AAUUUGGUGGCUUUAGACAUUGUUCACGUGAAACUGAAUAAAUCAGACUUCUGCGCAGGUCAACAUAGAGCAGUUUCAAAUCUCACCUCUCUCAAUCUGGGAAAAAAUCUACUUUCUACAAUCGCAGUUUAUCAGUUUUCCUGUAUGCCUAAACUGGAGAUCCUUGAUUUGAGUUUUAAUCUGAUUGCAACACUGGAAGAGAAGGCAUUCCAUGGAUUAUCUCAUCUGCGGAUUUUAAGGCUCACAAACAACAAGCUAAGUAGACUCCAUACUAAUGACUUCAGGUGGCUUCCAGCUCUAGAGGUUCUAGAUAUAGAUGAGAAUUCGAUUGGAAGUAUAGAAGAAGGAGUCUUCCGGAAACAGAAAGAGCUGCAAGAGCUGAGGCUUGGAAAGCUAGAUAUCAUAUACGUCAUAAAUUUCAACAUGAUAUUUUAUGCGGUACCACCUAAACUGCGCUAUCUCAGUAUAGAUGCUGGCCAUGGGACGAACCUUCAAAUAAGUCCAGUAAUGAGUGCUCCAAAUGGUUCUCUCGUUCUUCAUCUGAACGGAGACUUACUGGAGUGCAGAAAAACUUGUGAAAAUCAAUUUUUUAAAGCAGUCAAAGUGUUAAAAGUGAACAGCCAACGGUUCUCCUGUCAAAAUAGGUUCAUGGUCCGCUACUUCCCCAAUCUCGAGUCGUUCGAGUACCACACCCACAUUGACAAAGUAUCUUUGCGCUACACUGGGAUUAGCACACUCAGGCACCUGAAACGCCUUAAAUUGACCAACCUCAAUUUUGCCAAGCAAACAGACCCUGCAAUGAUUUUUCACAACCUCUCAAAACUGCAGAUCCUGGUCCUGAGCAACUGCCGAUUCACUUUCCUCACCAAGAGCAUGUUCCAGAACCUCACCUCUCUGCGUGUGCUGCGUCUUUACAGUGCAUCGCCACUCCUUCUGCUAGAUGGAGUUUUCGACGCGCUCCCUUCAUUGACCAUUGUUGUUUUCGACAAAGUAGAUUUCCGCUGUGACUGCAAAAACAGCUGGCUGUUGACAUGGGCAGAGAGAUCCAUACACAUUCAGGUUAUCUACCUCCAGAGACAGGAGUGUGUGUGGCACUAUAGGAAGCUCAACUUUUUGUCAACUAUGGAGCGUCUGUGCCAAACAGAUGUGGAGUACCUCUGUUACCUUGGCACAGCUCUCACCAUCUCUUUCCUCAUGGCUACUGCAGUCGGCUACAAUUUCGGCCGUUGGCCUUUCCUGGUGCUCUUCUUUCGAGGACGUGGGUGGCUGGAAAGAAGAAUCGGGCAAAGGAGGAGGAGGAAGAGGAGAGGAGGAUUGUUGUAUGAAGAUGUGGAAGAAGAGGAGGAGGAGGAGGAGGAGGAGGAGGAGGAGGUGCAGUUUGACGCGUUUGUGUCUUUCAGCAGCCGGGAUGAAGCGUGGGUGCUGGGGGAACUGGCUCCUCGGCUGGAAGAACAGGGUGAGCCAAGGCUCAGACUCUGCCUGCACAACAGAGACUUUGAGGUGGGUAAAGGAAUCGUGGACAACAUCGCCGAGAGCAUCUACAAAAGCCGGCGGACAGUCUGUGUGCUCAGUCGCUGUUACUUGCGUAGCGACUGGUGCUCUCUGGAGCUGCGCAUGGCCACACACCGUCUGCUGGCCGAGCACAAACACAGACUCAUUCUCAUCUUCUUCGACCGCAUCUCUCCCUUUGAGCUCUCAGCAUUUCACCGACUGGCGAAGCUGGUGAGGAUGCGUACGUACCUGGACUGGCCGCAGGAUGAGGCAGAGCGGGUGCAGUUUUGGGAACGCCUGCGUAGAAACAUCGCGGAGGGAGAGGUGGAUGCUGCUGAUGGCAGGUAGCUCAGACGUCAGAAGAAUGUGUAAGUCAUCGCUGGCUUAAACACAACUGGCAACUGAGGGGAGUGAAGACGAGCUAAAAGAUGACUUACCUUUUCUAAAUAAUAUUGCGGUGGUGAUGAUGCUAUCGUUUUCACAGAGCAAUACUGAGGGGAGUGAAGACGAGCUAAAAGAUUACUCACCUUUUCUAAAGAAUACUGCGGUGGUGAUGAUGCUACCGUUUUCGCAGAGCUAUACUGGAAUGCUCAGGGCAACAGCCCUUGUGUUUAGGGCUAGCCUGGUAGUUGAUCAUUUUGUACAUACAAAUAGUCUAAUUUUCAAAAAGUAGUUAGUUAGAAAUGAUACAUAGAAAUGUUUUAACUUAAAUGUAUUUUCCUACUGUAAAGUCUAACAUACUGAUAACGUCUACAGCUUGUUCUAGCUAGCUACUCCAGGUGUGGAUAUUAAAUGAGACAAAUGCUGUUUUUCAAUUGUAAUGAAGGCAACUUGUUAUGCUCAUACAUCUCGUAAUAAGUCUCAUUACUUAAUAGCAACACUUCAUAUGCUAUCUUCAAUAAUGUUAACAAUAUCCUCUAAGCUUAUAUUUUACAUGUGAUGAACAACCAAUAUGUGUUUGAGAUAAGUGUAAGGCCUUAUUCAUUUUGCUUUGACAGUCCUGCAUAAUAAUUGUUUAAAUGGUUUCCCUUUAAAUAGUUAAAAACAUUUUUUUUAAAACUUUACAUUACAUGCUCAUGAUAGUUUAGUGUGCAGCCUUGACAUCAGUCCAAUCCCCUCUUCCAUAGAAAUUAAUUAUUUCUUUGUUUUUCACAUGACCACCAGAUGGCCAGUUACCACCAUCUAUCCUAUAAAAACACCUUAAUCUAAGUGCUUUAUCC